GGUUUCGUCAGCGUGCUUUCAUCAUUUGUAUUGGCUCUUUCCAAUGUCUGUUCACAGAAAAACUACACAGCCGUUGCUACCUGGUUUGUUGACACCAGACCAUCAAACAAAACAUAGAGGUUUCCCCGUCGGGAUCAUUAAUUCAAAUGGCUUCAAGUUACCGGAAACCAGCUUCCACGGCUAGCCAAAGGAAAAAGACGGAUUUAAAAAACGACCUGACUGAGGAGCAAAAGCAAGAAAUUAAAGAGGCGUUCGAUCUCUUUGACACAGAUGGAACUGGAACAAUAGACGUGAAGGAGCUCAAGGUUGCCAUGAGAGCUCUGGGCUUUGAACCAAAGAAAGAAGAAAUCAAGAAGAUGAUUGCAGACAUUGAUAAAGAGGGCUCUGGAACGAUUGACUUUGGUGACUUUCUCAGUAUUAUGACACUGAAAAUGAGUGAAAAAGACACAAAAGAAGAAAUACUGAAGGCUUUCCGGCUCUUUGAUGAUGACUGCACGGGAAAAAUCUCAUUCAAAAAUCUCAAGAGAGUUGCCAAGGAGCUGGGUGAAAACCUCACAGAUGCAGAGCUGCAGGAAAUGAUUGACGAGGCAGACCGAGACGGGGACGGUGAGGUCAACGAACAGGAGUUCUUGCGGAUAAUGAGGAAGACUAAUCUUUAUUAAACCUCAGUGUCUUAGAACCUUUGUUUGUAUUGUAACUUUUUUUGGAACAUUAGUUUUGUUUGUAUGGAAAUAUUUUAAUAUGCUGUAUCUUUGCACACGCUUUUAUAAAAUUGCAAAACCAAUAAAUCUAUUUCAUCAGAGUU